AGAAUUAACAUGCUUUGUAGAUUCUUGACAUGACUCAUGGUGAACUAAAAUUGCUUGCAAAGCAUCUGGGACAUGAUGUGAAGACACACAAGGAAUAUUAUCAGUUGUCUUCCAGUACCAUGGAACUCUCAAAGGUUGCCCUGAUGUUGUAUGCUGUUGAAAAUGGUAAAGUCAAUGAGUGGAAGGGAAGGCAGAUGAAGGACAUAGUAGUAGAAGAUUUACCUCUUCCAAUUGAAGACGAAGAUGGCCAUCAAGAAGAGUCCAUGUCAACUGCUGACAGUGAAGAGCCAGGCAGUCUGACCCAUGAUAGGAGGGAGCCAAGUGAAGAGCCAGCCAGUCUGACCCAUGAUAGGAGGGAGCCAAGUGAAGAGCCAGCCAGUCUGACCCAUGAGUCCAUGUCAACUGCUGCCAGUGAAGGGCCAGCCAGUCUGACCCAUGAUGAAAUGAGGCAGCCAAAUCCUCAAGGGACAGGGACAAGAAAAGGAAUGAAACGAAAGUGGGCCAGCGAAGAGAACAUAUGUUUCAUGAACUUUUUUAGAGAUGAAUUAAGAGAAAAAAUAAUGCCAUCUGGCUCAAAAAUAAUGGGGUCCCUAAAAAUACUUACCGGAAGAACAGUGGCCCAGAUAAGGGCAAGGGUCCAUAACAUUAUUAUGAAAAAACAAAAAUGGAAAAAGAAUUGUUGAACUGUGGAAUAUGUUUAUGCCCCUGGUAGGGUGGCAUAUAGCAGUUGAACUGUCCGUCAGUCAGUCAGUCUGUCCAUCUGGCCGAAAACUUAUAUGGCCAUAACUUUUUCAAUAUUGAACAUAGCAACUUGAUAUUUAUACCCCUAUUACAAUUGGUAAUGGGGGCUAUAUAGGAGUCACGUUUGUCGGUCUGUCCCGAUAUUUCAUCCGAUCUUCACCAAACUUGGUCAGUAGUUGUAUGUAGAUAAUGUCUAGGUCAGUUUGAAUAUGGGUCAUGCCAGGUCAAAAACUAGGUCAUGGGGUCACUUAGUAUGUUUUAAACUGUAAGUUUGUACGGACCAUAGCUAUGUCAUUUAUUGUUACAUUUUUAAAUGACUCGGUACAUUUGUUCACCAUCAUGGAACGGUGUGUCGCGUUAAAAAAAAUUACGUCAAUAUCUCAAAGGUCAAGGUCACACUUGGGAGUUCAAAGGUCAAAUGCUUGUCCGGGCCAUAGCUUUGUUUUUUAUUGUGAGAUUUUAAAAUCAUUUGGCACAUUUGUUCACCAUCAUUGAACAGUGUGUCGGGCGAAAGAAUUACGUCGAUAUUUCCAAGAACAAGGGCACAAUUUGAGUUUAAAGGUAAAAAAUGGCCAUAAUUGAGCUUGUCUGGGCAAUAACUAUGUUGUUUAUUGUGCGAUUUUAAAAUCGUUGGCUCUUUUGUUCACCAUCAUUUGACGGUGUGUCGCGCGAAAGAAUUAUGUCGAUAUCUCCAAGGUCAAGUUCGUAGUUUUAGUUCAAAGGUCAAAAAUGGCAAUAAAUUAUCUUGUCUGGGCCAUAAAUAUGUCAUUCAUUGUAAGAUUUUAAAAUGACUGUACAUCAAUUUUGUUCAAAGUCAUUGGAAGGCUUGUCAUGUGAAAGAAUUCAAGAGUUCAAAGGUCAAAAUGGCUAUAAAUGAUAAUGGCAUAAUGAUUCUUAAAAAAUCGCCAUAAAUUGUAUUAUCUUGUUUUGUGAAGACAGCAUACAAAAUAAUCAAUCAAUCAAUGCGGUAUGUGGGGGUAACAGACAAAGCUCCAGUUGGCAUGCAUGUGCAUCUUGUGAAGCUGCACAUAUUGAGUGGUGAAAAGUGAAGGUCAAGGUAAUUCUUCAAGGUUAAAUGUUAAAUAUAUUGCUUUUGUCCGUCCGUCUGAAAACUUUAAAAUUGUGCCAUAACUUUUGAGCUCACCUGAGUGCAACAUGCUCAUGGUGAGCUUUUGUGAUUGCCUUUUGUGCGUUGUAUGUCGUCAACAUUUUGCCUUGUGAACACUCUAGAUUCCACAUUUAUUGUCUGAUCUUCAUGAAAUUUUGCAGAACAUUUGUCACAUUGAUACCUCGACUGAGUUCGAAACUGGGUCAUGCUGGGUCAAAAAUUAGGUCACUAGGUAAAAAAAAAAACAAAAAAACUUGUGAACACUGUACAAGUCCAAUCUUCAUGUAACUUUGUCAAAAUGUUUGUCUAAAUGAUAUUUUGGUUGAGUUAAAAAUUGGUUCCGGUCCGUUGAAAAACAUGGCCGCCAGGGGCGGGGCAGUAAAAAAAUUUCCUUAUAUGGCUAUAGAGAAACCUUGUGAACACUUUAGAAGUCAAAAUGUUUGCCUUAUCAUCAUGAAACUUAAUCAAAACAUUGGUUUUAUUUAUAUUUUGGACGAGUUCGAAAAUGGUCCAGAUCAGUGAAAAAACAUGGCCGCCAAGGGGCGGGGGAGUUUUUCUUAUAUGUCUUUAGUUAAACAUUGCUAACACUCUAGAGGCCAUAUUUAUUGUCCAUUCUUCAUGAAAUUUGGUCAGAAGUUUGGUCUCAAUGAUAUCUUAGACGAGCUGAAAAUGGUUACGUUUGCUUGAAAAACAUGGCUGCCAAAGGGCGGGGCAUUUUUCCUUAUAUGGCUAUAGUAAAACGUUGUGAACACUCUAGAGGCCACAUUUAUUGUCCAAUCUUCAUGAAAUUUGGUCAGAAUAUUUGUCUCAUUAAUAUCUUGGAUGGGUUUGAAAAUUAUUAUGUUUGCUUGAAAAACAUGGCUGCCAUGGGGCGGGGCAUUUUUCCUUAUAAAAAUGGCUAUUGUAAAAUCUUGUUAACACUCUUGAGGCCACAUUUAUUUUCCGAUCUUCAUGAAACUUGGUCAGAAUAUUCAUCCCAAAAAAUAUCGUGGACAAGUUAAAAAAUGAUGCUGGUUGGUUGAAAAACAUGUCCGCCAGGGGGUGGGGCAUUUUACCUUAUAUGGCUAUAGUAAAACUUUGUUAACACUCUAGAGGCCACAUUUAUUUUCUUAUCUUCAUGAAACUUGGUCAGAAGAUUUGUCCUAAUGAUAUCUUGGAUUAGUUCAAAAAUAGUUUUGUUUGCUUAAAAAACAUGGCCACCAGGGGGCGGGGCAUUUUUCCUAAUAUGGUUAUGUAUCAUGCUUUACUAAAACAUUGUUAACACUCUGUAGGCCACAUUUAUUUUCCGAUUAUUAUGAAACUUGGUCAGAUGAUUUGUCCUAAUGAUAUCUUGGAUGAGUUCAAAAAUGGUUCUAGUUGGUGGAAAAACAUGGCCGCUAAGGGGGCGUGUCAUUUUUCCUUAUAUGGCUAAAGUAAAACCCUGUUAAAACUCUAGAAGCCAUAUUUAUUGUACGAUCAUCAUGACACUUUGUCAGAAGAUUUGUCCCAAUGAUAUUUGGACAAGUUUGAAAUUGGUU